AAAACGACGAAGCAAAAACGAGACGUAGAGCCUCGCGUUACGUUUACCAACCUCGUUGCGGCAAUUCAGCAGCCACACACACCACACAUAUGAACACACUCUGAUAGUUUCGGUGCAUUUUAGCAAAAACAUGCAGUGUUUAUGCUAAAAUACGCACCGAGAGCUAAAUGUGAGAUAACUUUCACCCCUUUUCUCUCACCACUUGAAUAUUCCGACACAGUUCUCUCCAUUCUCUCCGAAGAAAAAAAAUCGAAUCUUUCUGUCUGAAUUAGUGAGAGCUUCCUUCUUAGUUAUUCUGCGAGCGGCGUUUCUCUGGAACAUUAUUAGAAAAUCGAGUAGAAAAGAAAAAAAAAACGAAAGAUGGCUUCGUCUCUCGAGAUCGUUAGACUCUGUGCUUCACCUGUGUCUAUUUCCCGCCAUAAAUCUCCAGUAAAAUCGGAAUUUAGAAAAAGGGUUUUCAGAUUAGCAGAUUCUGGUAGUUGGGUUCGUCUUGGUCGAUGUGUUCGGGUUCAUUCAUCUGCUCUGAACAACGGCGAUAACCAGUCAAAAGGGGAAGAACCUCCAGAAUCAUUGUUUAUGAAAGAGUUGAAGAGACGAGGCAUGACUCCUACUUCGUUGCUUCAAGACUAUGAAGUCGAUGUAGAUGAGAUCAAAACUGGUGGUAAAGAAACUAGAAACAGCUCUAAGACGACUGCAACUACUACUCCUGCGUUUGACCAAAGCUUGUUAAACCAGAGGGAGAGAUCACUUGCUUUAAACAGUGAAGGCCUUGAGGGAUUGAUUCCACGUGCUAGGAUCUUGCUGACGAUUGGAGGGACUUUCUUCUUGGCUUUUUGGCCCUUGAUAGUCUUAACCCUUGGCGCCUUCUCUGCCCUUUACCUUUACUUUGGAGCAGAUUUCGUUCAUGAUGGAAGCAGAACUCCUGUUUCACCACCACCCUACAUCGAUCCUUAUGCUCUGUUGGAGGAUGAGAGGAUAUCGGGGAUAAAUCCUCGUCUAAAUUAGCACUCUACUCCACACAAAUAUAUUGUUACCCCCCCCCCCCCCCCCCAAGUAUAUAUAUCUUCUUUUAUCUGUUCCUUCCGGUUGUAAGAAUAAUGUUACUUUACUUCUGUAUUGUUGCACCUUUUAAAAAGAGUUCACUAUAAAAUAGAAGAAGUGCCAAACUUUAACC